GAAAUGCAUGCUAUAUAAACAGAUGUAAUGCGUGCAAAAUUAUCAUUUUCAUCAGAGUCAGAUUCGAGUGUACUACAUACUUCACUAUCAUACGAGAUGAGUUCGUCAUCAUCAUCAUCAUCAUCAUCAUUCAUCCUCCCAGAUAGCCCACCACCACAUGAGCAUAUCCUCAACUACUGGCAACAGAAAGCUGCCCUUGCUGCCAAGGCAUCCGCUGCUGCACCUGCUCCUUCUCCGCUCACUGUGGAACCACCAUCGCCAGGCGAGAUCAUGCUGGGUGACAGUCCAGUUCAACACUUGGCUCCACCUGCUACCUGGGCACCGUGGCAUGCGGUGCUAACAACGCUGAGCAACAGGAUCAAGCAGAAGCAGGGGAAGAGAAGGUUGGUGUUUGACAAGCCUGAGGUUAGCGGGAACAAGGACGAGACAAUCUUCUCACAAACAAAGAAAUGUGCUGGAAUGGAGAACAAGUCAUCGCUUGUCCCCCUGAUGAAGGAAGUGGAGAGGGCAGAGGGAGAUGGAAGGAGGGAGAUGGACUUUGUCCAACUCAUCAAUCGGCCUGCAUCCAAACCCUGGGUGCCGCUGAGAGAGUUGAAAGAGGAUGCUCCCUACCCCAUUAUCAGCGCGAAGGAGCAUACCAAUAAACACGGACGACAAGUUAUUUUAAAAAUUAGCAAUGCAGGAAGCAAAUCUGUGUGUGAGGGCAUCUACCCUGAGCCCACAUGCCCCAUCAGGAGAAAGGCAGAGGAGGAAACAAGAAGGUUGGUGAAUGACAUCGAGGGCGGUGGGGGGAAGCAGGAGAGGGCGGCCGGGGACAAAUGGAUGCCAACAACCCACCUGUUCAAACAAAGACUGUACUGCCAGUUGCAAAACAGCCAAGCAGGGAAAUAG